CUGACGUCACUGCGGGGCGGCGCAGCAAGAUGGCGGCCGGGACGGCGACGGUCUUCCGAUGCCAACUGUGCCGCCGCAGCGCCUUCGACGGGCGCCGGAGCCACCUGUACAGCGCGGGGCACCGGUGGCGGCUGCGCGCUGUCCUGGGCCGGCUGGGCGAGAAGGUGGCGGCGGCGCGGGCGGCGGCGCGGCGGGCGGAGGUGCUGCCCUUCCAGGCCGGCGAACACGAGCGGCGCGUCUGGUGCCCCUGCUGCGCGCGCGAGGUCCCGAGCCACCUGAGCCGCGGCGCGCGGACGGUGCUGCACGGCGGCCUCCUGCAACACCUGGCCAGCCCGGAGCAUGGGAGAGCCGUGGCCGCCUUCUGGAGGAAGAACAGGGCCGACCCCAAGCUGAAGGCCGACUACCUGCUGUCCGCGGCGGAGUACCGACGCUUCCAAGAAUCUCUUUGCGAAGCCCUGGAUGCUUAUGAAGAGAAGGAAGAUGCAGCCAUUCAGGAGGCUGCAGCUCACAUCCGAGACAUGGAACAGAAGAGACGAGAGAUGGUACAGGCCAUCUUAGAGCCACAGAGAGCGGACAUGCUAGGUGAUGGAACCACUGUUGUCUACACCUUUACAGGGAAUUUAAGUGAUUCUCCUUUUGCUAUGGAAGAGCAGGAGCAGCCUGGGCCAAGCUGGAGCACCACUUUUCUUCGAGAAGAGCGUAUUUGUACCAGCAACACUAUGCCUGAGCUACACUACCCAGAAACAGGGCAGGCCUUAACUUUCAUUGGCCACCAGGAAACAGGUGGGGAGGGCAACAUUCACACAGGAGCAAAACCUCCCUGGCUGAUGAAUGACGAGAAGGAAGGUGAAAGGCAGAUUGGACCUUCCUAUGAGGAAUUCCUUAAGGAAAAACAGAAGCAGAAACUGAAGCAGCUCCCGCCGAACCGGGUUGGGGCCAACUUUGACCACUCAUCUCAGACAGGAGAUGGUUGGCUCCCCUCCUUUGGGCGUGUUUGGAAUCAUGGUAGAAGAUGGCAAUCCAGACAUCAGUUCAAAGCUGAAUCUGGAAAUAAGCAACCUGGGUCCAAGAGGAAAAGGCCCCAAACCAGCUAAAAGGUCUGCAUCCCCAAGGCAGCUUGGCAGAAUUCAAAGCACCUUAAUCAAAAGAAGCCCAGCGGCUAUUGUGGAAGACUUCUGCUGUGGUGGCUUCUGUGAAAUCUCUGCUCCUGUAGCAUUAAGCAUGUAAUUGUAAUUUUAUUCAAUUACACUUAUUAUAAUAAAACUAUUAUAAUUAUAUAUGAAUUUUACUAAAAACUAUGGUUACCAAUAAAUGUGUGCUACUACAAAAUAUUAAAAGCAAAGUGCAUUUGUCUUAAGAUCCACAAAGCAAAUAUGAGAUUGCAGAAAAUAUUGCAUCAAAGUUAGGAGCUCAUCUAUGACUUUCUAUAUAUCCCUUGUUUAUUCAAGUUGUUCAUACUUAUCAAGAUAGACACUAGCUGGCAUACUUGCACUGCCCACAUGGUUAUACAACCAAUGUUUUAAUAACAUUUUACUUUCGUGUACCCAAAUUCUGCAAAACUUUUUGCUAUUCAAAAACAGUAGAGCCAUUUUACCCCUUGCAUAAUAAUUGGCACUUGUUCAGAUCAUUACAAAGCCUCAAGGAGUUUAAUCAAUUUAUUUUUUUGUGUAUACAAGUAACUCUGAAAGCCAUUUAAGAAUUU